CGGGCGGCCGCGAUCGGGCAGAGGGCGCGAUGGUGGACAGCGUGUACCGCACUCGCUCCCUGGGGGUGGCAGCCGAGGGCCUCCCGGAUCAGUAUGCGGAUGGGGAGGCGGCACGCGUGUGGCAGCUGUACAUCGGGGACACCCGCAGCCGCACGGCCGAGUACAAAGCGUGGCUACUGGGGUUGCUGCGCCAGCAUGGAUGCCAGCGAGUGCUGGACGUGGCCUGCGGCACCGGGGUGGACUCCAUCAUGCUGGUGGAAGAGGGCUUCAGCGUGACGAGCGUGGACGCCAGUGACAAGAUGCUCAAGUAUGCACUGAAAGAGCGCUGGAACCGGCGGCGGGACCCAGCCUUUGACAAGUGGGUCAUUGAAGAAGCCAACUGGAUGACUCUGGACAAAGAUGUGCCCCGGCCAGAAGGUGGCGGCUUCGAUGCUGUCAUCUGCCUCGGGAACAGUUUUGCCCACUUGCCGGACUGCAGAGGGGACCAGAGUGAGCACCAGCUGGCGCUGAGGAACAUCGCAAGCAUGGUGCGGCCAGGCGGCCUGCUGGUCAUCGACCAUCGCAACUAUGAUCACAUCCUCAGCACAGGCUGCGCUCCUCCCGGGAAGAACAUCUACUACAAGAGCGACCUGACCAAGGACAUCACGACGUCAGUGCUGAUGGUGAACAACAAAGCCCACAUGGUGACCCUGGACUACACGGUGCAACUGCCGGAGGCCGGCCGGGAUGGCGCCCCGGGCUUCAGCAAGUUCCGGCUCUCCUACUUCCCACACCGCCUGGCGCCCUUCACAGAGCUGUUACAAGCAGCCUUCGGGGGCAAGUGCCAACACAGUGUGCUGGGCGACUUCAAGCCAUACAAGCCGGGCCAGGCCCAUGUCCCCUGCUACUUCAUCCACGUGCUCAAGAGGACGGAGUGAAUGUGGCCCCAGGAGCAGCAAGGUGGCCCCACCAAAUGGGGCAGAAACAAUACAACCUGUGCCUGUCAA